AUGCAUUUAUUUUAAAGUAAUUCAUCUUCGCUUUCUAACAAGUAAUCCUUGCUAUCUAAUUCAGAAAUAAUUCAAAGAGAAUAAUAUAUCUAUUCCAUUAAUUAAUAUGAAAUAUAUCUUAACUUAAACAUAGAUUUGUACUAGGGUAAUGUAAAAAUAAACAUUGAUUUUCAGGAAUCUGUCCUGAAAGCUUCAUCAGAUCAACAUUUUAUUAUAGACUACUGUGGGGAGAAGGUCAUCUCAGUGAGUAUUUUAGACAAAAAUGAUCAAGAAGAACAAAUACAUUUUUAAUAUGUUCCUAACAAGCUUAGCAUACCACUUAAAGACAUCUAAAAACACUUAAACAAGAAAGAUCAUAAUUUAACAUUCUUAAUUGCUUUUUAGAAUGAAUACAGUAAAGUCAGAGCAGAAGGCAUUGUAAAGUAUUCUGAAGAAUCAUAAAAUAAAUUUUAUUUUUAUUGCUAAGGAGAAGUAGGCUGUACUCAAAUGAUUUUUCCUUGUAUAGAUAUGGUAAAUUUUAGAUCACAUUACACUUUAACUGUCUAGCACCCUUAAAACUGGAUGGUCUCCAGUCAUACUGAAUGGUACAAAUAAGAGAAAAUUAUUGAUGAAAUUGUCGUUACUUACUUUCCUUAGACAAAAAUAGCUUUCCCAACUUAUUUGUUUGGAUUUUAUGCAGGUGAUUAUUUUAAGUACUCUGACAAGUACAGAGAUAAUAUAGAUAUCAACAUAUACUGUAGAUAAAAUUUGAUACAAUUUCUUGAUGAAUAAGUUAAUGAAUAUUUCAAACAAAUAAAAUUUGCACUUGAUUUUAUGGAGUCCUACACAGGUGUUAAAUAUUUUUUUCAAAAGUUUGAUCUAUUCUUCUGUCCUUAUUACAAAGAUAUAGGAAUGGAGACUUUUGGUUGUAUUUCUUUGGAUGAAAAUUAUUACUUAUGUAAUAUCAUCACUGAAGCAAUUGAGGCAAAAGAUAUUUAAAAUGCAAUAGUUAAAAGGUAUGUGUUUGAUCUAGACAGAGUAGAAACCUUAUUUCAUGAAAUAGCUCAUUAAUGGUUUGGUAAUUAUGUUUCUAUUAAAUGGUGGAACGAUCUCUUUUUCAAAGAAGGGUUUGCAAACUUAUUCUCUUAGAAAAUGAUUUACUAAUAUUUUAAAAAUGAGAAUGGAAUUGAAUUGAGAAGUUAGCUAGAUCAAUUUGAUUUCUUGCAAGAUGAUCUCAAAAUAGAUUAUACAUUAAUGCAUACUCCCUUGAAAUAUGAUAUGUAUUUAGAAUUAAACACUCAUAAUGAUAUUACUUAUAUGAAAAGUUAAAAUAUAUUUGAUUUGCUUGAGUAUAAAAUAUAUGGCUAAGAAAAGUUUAACAAAAUAUUAUAAAAAUUACUACAAGAUUUUUAAAAUUAAAGCAUAUCUAGUAAAGAUUUUUUGACUUACUUUGAUGAUUAAGUCACAAAAAAGCUGUUAACAACAUAAGGGUAUGUUUAUUUCAAAGGAUAAAAUCUGCUAUAAGCAAAAAAUUAUGGAAGUUUUAAUUUAUCUAAAUAAGAGCUUGAGGUCCUUGAUUUGAAGAUUUUUGUUGUAGAAAGAGAAACAAAUAAGUUGGAGCAAUUGAGCCUAUAAGAUCUAAAAUAACAAGAAUAACCUAAAUUUUUAUAUCUUUUAAAUACCGUUGAUCACCACAUGAUUUAUCAAGAGUUAGAUAUUGAAACUCUUAAAUACAUAGACUAAGAAAAGCUGAUGGAUAAAUUCGAUUACCAGUUUAGAGCCUCUGUUUGGAAAGCAAUAAUUUAUUUAUGUGAUAAAGACAAGUGGGUCUCAUAUUUAAACAAAUUUUUUAUUAAAAAUCUUUAAUAUGAAAAAGAUGACUCAGUUCUGCAAGUGAUUCUAGAAUAUUUCAUCGAAUUUUGUGAUGAAUUCACUGAUCAAGAUGAAGAAGAAUUACUCAAAGUGAUAAGCUAAGAAUAAUCAGAUUAAAGAUUGUAAAUAUUUUUAUAUAACUGUGGACUAUCAUACUUCGAGAAUGAACAAAACUUGCAAAUUUUAUAAAUUGAAUAUUUCUCAUAAAUAGAAGCCCUAGGUUAAUAAUUUAUUCAAAAAUUCUUAAAUAAAAUAGAAUUUAAGAAGAUAGAUAAUGACAGUUCGUCAACCUCAAGCGAAUAAUGGAAAUGA